UGGAGUAACACUGGCCUUUGUUCCUUACUGAUUUGCCCUGGUCCUUGGCCGAGGGGCCAUUGGGGACCUUCUGCAGGCACGAGACACCUGGCUACUUCCUGGGACACUUCCAUCUGCACAGACUUCUUCAGAAAAGUGGAAGGAGGAGAGAGGACGGAACGCACCUGGCUCAGCCUUCUUGCUUCUGGGAAUGUGGCUGCUGGCCUGACCAUGGUGGUCACUCAGCUGAACCUAGAGUUUCGCUUUCAGGGCAAGAAGCUGCGAGGCUUCAGCUGUGAGAUCACCCGGUCCCCCUUUGGGGUCCUCCCGGAGACCUUUGCCACCACAGCUUGCCAGGUCACUGUGCCCAUCCUGCUGUCAGGCUUAGGCAUGAUGACGGCCGGCCUGGUGAUGAACACUGUCCAACACUGGCCUGUGUUCAUGGAGGUUAAAGACCUUUUGACGUUGGUGCCGCCCCUGGUGGGCCUGAAGGGGAACCUAGAAAUGACACUGGCAUCACGACUCUCCACAGCCGCCAACACUGGACAAAUUGAUUGUCCCCAGGAGAGGCACAAAGUCAUCAGCAGCAACCUCGCUCUUGUGCAGGUGCAGGCCACCAUCGUGGGGCUCCUGGCUGCAAUGGCCGCUCUGCUACUGGGCGCAGUGUCUAGGGAGGAGCUGGAACUGGCCAAGGUGGCCUUGCUGUGUGCCAGCAGUGUCAUUACUGCCUUCCUCGCAGCCUUUGCCCUAGGAACACUGAUGGUCUGCAUAGUGAUUGGUGCUCGGAAACUUGGGGUCAACCCAGACAACAUUGCCACGCCCAUCGCGGCCAGCCUGGGAGACCUCAUCACGCUGUCCAUUCUGGCUUUGGUUAGCAGCUUCUUCUAUAGACACAAAGAUAGCUGGUACCUGGCGCCACUGGUCUGCGUGGGCCUCCUGGCUCUGACUCCCCUGUGGGUCCUCAUCGCCAAGCAGAGCCCACCGAUGGUGAAAAUCCUGAAGCUCGGGUGGCUCCCAGUCGUGCUGGCCAUGGUUAUCAGCAGCUUUGGAGGGCUCAUCCUGAGCAAGACCGUGUCCGAGCAGCAGUACAAAGGCAUGGCCAUACUCACUCCCGUGAUAUGUGGUGUUGGUGGCAACCUUGUGGCCAUUCAGACCAGCCGGAUCUCCACCUUCCUGCACAUUUGGAGCACACCUGGGAUCCUUCCGCUGCAGAUGAAAAAGUUUUGGCCUAACCCCUGCUCCACUUUCUGCACCUCAGAAAUCAAUUCCAUGUCAGCCCGAGUCCUGCUCUUUCUGGUGAUCCCGGGCCAUCUGAUUUUCUUCUACAUCAUCUACCUAGUGGAGGGCCAGUCAGUGACAAGCAGCAGGACCUUUGUGGUGCUGUACCUGCUGGCAGGCCUGAUUCAGGGUCCAGCGUGCAAGUCCUCCCUGGCUAGGAGGCUGGACAGCUGCCUCAGUGGUGGCCUCUUGUCAGCACUAAGGAGACUGCCCCCACCUCAGCUCUGGAGCUGGUCACUGGUCACUGAGCCCAAGAGGGAGCCACGACGUCAGGAGCCUGGCUUGCAGGGUGGUGUGCCUGUGAGUGCGUGUGCACACGUGUGUGUGUGCACGCAGCGUGGCAAGCAGGCUGUCUGACCUGGAGAAGCAUCCUGGUAUGCUUUGCUGGUGUGUGCCCUCGCCUGGGCAGGAGGGAGCUCCCUGGAGCUGUGUGGUGUUAGUCGCUCUUUUCCCUAGGCCCCAGCUCCGGGCCAUGCUCCUGGUGCACUGCAAACGUGUGCGCCCUCCCCAGGCCCCUGCGGACCCCUUGUCUGAUCCUAGCAUUUAAUCUUGUCUCUGCUGGCUUUUCCCCCCUUUUCUUUGUUUUUUAGCAAAACCCUCUGCUUAGAUUUCAGUAAUCAAAGAGGUAUAAAAUAAAAGUUAGAUGUUAUUAUACUUGGCCUUUCAUGUUAAAGAAGUUAAUGCAACCAUGAGACUUGGGGACUCCAAGCAAAACUCUGGUAGCUGGGUGUGGUGGUGCACAUCUGUAAUCCCAGCACUCAAGGUGCUGGGGCAGGAAGAUCAGAAGUUUGAGGCCUGCUGGGCACAUAGCAAGACCCUGUCUCAAAACAAAUGUAAUGAGAAGAGGAAAGCCUCUGGCCUUCCUAACACAGUGUCCCUCCAAGUACAGUCUCCAGUCUAGGAGCAUUGAUGUCACCAGGACACUCGGUCGAACUAUGGAGCCUGGCCCCAGCCCAGCCCCAAGCCUGGGCCUAAGCAGAGGGCUUAGCGAACUCUGCUGGUUCUCACACACGCUCGUGGUGGAGAGCCAGGACGCCUGGAUCUCAUCCCUGUUUUUCUUUCCUUGACAAAUUGUAGUUGCAUUUAUGAGCUACAAGCUACAGCGUGAUAUAUGAAUCCGUCAUCCUUUUUUCUAAUGUUUACUUCCUGUUUCUUAGGAGCACCUCGUAACAACUGCAGCCUAGGUUUGGGCUACAAGUUUUCUUCCUAUGGUAGAGCAGGCACCUGUUCAUUCACUGAACAAAUGCUGUCAUGUCCCAGGUUAGACAUGGUGCGGACUGGGAGUAACCGAGCAGCUUCCACACCUGCAGGAAUACGGGUGGUGAAGCACCUGGGUCAGGUGCACUGAGGCACAAUAUGGUCAGCACUCACCUGACCCCCGGCCUGGGGCAGUAGUUGACCUUGCAGUUGCCUGAGGUGAGCGAACCAUGGUCACUAGUGAAGAGACACAGCUGCUAUCAGCUCCUGGCCUGGCAGAGGGAAUAAGUACCCCA